AUGGCUAGUCCAACUGUUGCCAACGCACGUUCUGUAUCCGAACCGAAAACGUUACGGCAAGACGCUGAUGUCGAGUCGUCCGUAGAUGCAACUAGUACAAUUGACAUAGAACACGUUCCAGUUAACGACGACCCCCGUCAGUGGAGCCCUGCUAGAAAAACCACGACUUUGUGCAUUGUGUCACUGGCUACAAUGAUGUCUGCAUUAGCUUCUAACAUCCAAAAUCCCUCGAACUCGUUGAUAGAAGUAGAUCUGCAUGCGACAAGCAGCCAGAUUAGCUGGUCGUUGGCGGCAUUCCUAAUCAUACAGGGGAACUUUCCUCUAUUAUGGAGCGCCGCAAGCGAAAUUAAAGGCCGUAAGCCCGUCUAUCUGGUGGCUUCGGCUUUAUUUAUGGUAGGAAGUGCUGCGUUGGCACUUUCCAAGACCAUCGAGAUGAUGAUUGGCAUGCGAGCACUUCAAGCUGCGGGGUCAUGCGCUGCCAUGUCUAUUUCGGCUGCGACACUGGCUGAUAUCUACGACACUCACGAGCGAGGGACCACGAUGGGUAUCUUCUUUGCUGCACCUCUCUUAGGACCCGCCCUGGGCCCUAUCCUCGGGGGGUCGUUGUCACAAGCCUUCGACUGGCGUGCAAGUUUCUACUUCAUGCUUAUCUGUGCAGCAGUCGUAUUCUUGUCUUUCCUCGUCCUGUUCAAGGAUACAUACCGACGUGAACGGAGCCUCACCUAUUGCUCCGCUUUACAGCGACUUCUUACCUCCAAAGAACCUGUUCGGAAUCCAAACGAAUCUAUCAUCGUUGGGCAUGAGUCCAACAAGGACCAAACACCUGUCAAGGAUGUGAGAUCCGGACUGGACGAUGUCAAACUCUCACUCAAGGACAUCAACCCAUUUCCACCAUGCUUUCGAAUUCUGUCGCGCAAGAACAACGUUUUAAUUCUUAUCGCUAAUGGACUCAUCUUCGGAUUUACGUAUUGUCUUUCAUACACGUGCUCUCGCACUCUCGCCGAUGCGUAUGAUUAUAGCGCGUUUAGCAUUGGCUUGGUAUUGCUUUGCUUGGGAGUAGGAAGUAUCGCUGGGAGUGUGCUUAGUGGGCGUUGGUCUGAUCGGGUGCUUGCAAAGAUGAUCGAAGCGAACGAAGGAAAGUGGCACGCAGAAAUGCGGUUAGAGAGCUCGAAACUGGCGAUGCUGUGGCUACCUCCAUUUGUCGUCGGAUAUGCUUGGGUGUGCGAAAAGCAUGUGCAUGUCGCCGUCAUUUGCAUCAUGCUCCUACUUAUUGGAUUCUCCUCCAUAUGGAUGUAUACUAGUACAUUGGCAUACCUCGUUGAUGCCAAUCCUGGUCGCUCAUGUUCAGCGGUAGGCGACCAACAGCUCGAUCCGAGGAUCCCUGGCUUUUGUUUCGAUUUUGAUUGCUGUACCGCUCCAAGAGAUGGGGGAUUGUACACAGCAUGGGCUGGCGUCAUGGUUGUGAUGGAAUUACUUGUUUUAUUGGUGUUACACAAGGGUGAAUCAUGGCGCAGGGAAAGCGAGGAGCGCGAGCUGAAAUCAGGGAAUUAA